UUAUUAUUAUUAUUAUUAUUAUUAUUAUUAUUAUUAUUAUUAAAUAGUUGUGUUGGUUCGUGUAUUGCACUAGUAGAACAAACAUUGCUUGGUUUAUGCCUAUAUGUCCCUAUAUGUUUACAUACAGAAUAAAUAAUAUUUUAAUAUUAUUUGUGUAGAAUUACAAUAAAAUCAUAAUAUUCAAUUGAGACAAAGCAGCUCAUUUUGGACUUGAGCUUUAAAUAAUGUGUGACAUCAGUGUUUUGUCAUUAAAAUAGAGGAAAGUCACAACUACACAUUUAGUCAUAAAAGGCUCCGCAAAUAUCAGCAAGUAUAUGUUUUCAGGUAGUUCACUUAUUAGUGUGAACUUAUUAGUGUGAACUUAUUAGUGUGAACUUAUUAGUGUGAACUUAUUAGUGUGAACUUAUUAGGGAGCAACUAAAACAAAUGGAAUAGGACAGAAGGCUGGCUAUGACGUUCGGCUGAGGAGGAACACCAGGCGGCAGAGCACGAGGCAGAACCUGAGGAGGAAUGCACUGUACAAGAAAGACUGAAUGGCAAAAAGACUGAUAAGACGAAAACAACUGAGUCCACAGCAAGAUGCUGAGAUUCACAUCAAAAACAAGACAGACAAACUGGGUCUUGAGGAGAGAUUUAUUAGCUCUUCUAAAGGACGAGGUGUAUUUGCGACUGCCAACUUUUCCAAAGGAGAUUUUAUCCUGGAAUACAGAGGCCAACUCUUAACACAAAAUCUCAUUCAAAACAUUAAUUCAGGAACAGUGUUUAUUUUUGAUUUUCAAUGGAGAGGGAAGUACUGGAGUGUGGAUGCAUCUGUUGAAGACAAAUCUUUAGGGAGGCUUGUAAAUGAUGAACACAAGAAACCAAACUGCAAAAUAAAAGUUGUUGAAGUAGAUGGAAUGCCAACCCUGUGCUUAUUUGCACUUAGAGAUAUUUUACCAGGAGAAGAAAUUAACUAUAAUUAUGGGGAUUCAGAUUGGCCCUGGCGCAAACAGGUUAAACCAGAAGCUUCCACUGCCAAGACUCUUCAGAAGCCUCUUAUAACUACAGGGGAAGAGAACUAUCCUGUGAAGUGUGCAAAGAGAGCACUGACUGCUAGCAGAGUUCAAGAAAAGAGAGAGGCUCCCAGAAAGUCUUUCACAAUUAUGGAGAGUGAGGAACAAGGAGAACACACUGUUUGUUGUAUCCAGAAGAGCCCUGAGACAGACUGCUCUUCCUGCCCAGUUAUAGACGAGGACAGUUCACAGGACAAGCCUUUGGGUGCUGCAGAAAACCAGGAACAAGGAGAACACACUGUUUGUUGUAUCCAGAAGAGCCCUGAGACAGACUGCUCUUCCUGCCCAGUUAUAGACGAGGACAGUUCACAGGACAAGCCUUUGGGUGCUGCAGAAAACCAGAUGUAUGCAGAAACUCCCAUGAGUCACAUUGUGAGGGAUAAGCAGACCGUUUCUUCACGUCAGACAAAAGGAAGGACUAGGUCACUCGAAAGGCCUCUUGGAAUUACAGAGCGUAAGGAACAAGGAGAACACUCUGUUAGUUGCAUCCAGAAGAGCCCUGAGACAGACUGCUCUUCCUGCCCAGUUAUAGACGAGGACAGUUCACAGGACAAGCCUUUGGGUGCUGCAGAAAACCAGGAACAAGGAGAACACUCUGUUAGUUGUAUCCAGAAGAGCCCUGAGACAGACUGCUCUUCCUGCCCAGUUAUAGACGAGGACAGUUCACAGGACAAGCCUUUGGGUGCUGCAGAAAACCAGUGUGGAACUGCAGAACAUGUUCCGAGAACAGAUAUGAAACAGAGUGCUUUGGAAAAGCACCAUGAAAUGCUCUUGCUUCAGCGUGCAGAACUUUCAUGUGAAAUAUCCAAGAUAGACAAAUUGUUGGAUUCACCAUCUCCUGGAGCUGACAGCCGUGGUAGCAACUCCUUACUUGGUACUGAAGACUUAGAGGAAAUAAUUCCAUCACCAGCCCCUGUAAAAUCUUCAUCUAGAAAACGAUCUAGGAACAGUACAGGCUGUGAGCCAAGAAAACAUCAGACCAUGGAAAGCUCAUCAGAAGACUCAGACGAGGAGUCUGAUUAUACGGACUACAGUGACGUUGAUUACAUUCCAGGCACUGAUCAAAGCUCAUCUGAUGAGUCCAAAAGAAGUCUGGAAGUGCAGCCUAUUGCAAAAAAGCCUUUGCUUGUUCAAAGAUUUCCCAUGUUGUCAUCAAAACAAGACAAUACAGAGCAUGCACAAAAUCUCACUGCAAACAGCAGCACUAUACAUGUGUUGCCACCAUCAAAUUUAAAGGCUCAGAGGGUGUAUGACAAGAGGAAUUACUGUGUAUUUUGCUUUAAGCCAUCAUCCAAAAUUGCUCGCCAUUUAGAAACAGUCCAUCGAAAUGAAGUGGAGGUAGCUCAAGCUGUUCAGUAUCCAAAGGGUUCUAAAGCACGAAGAACAAAACUGAAUAUUCUGCGAAAUCGGGGAAAUUUUGUCCACAAUGCUGAAGUUGUGAGAAAGGGAACAGGACAGUUAGUGGCAUGUUACAGACCUCGAGAACAAAGGGAUGCAAAAGAUUUCAUUCAUUGUAUUCAUUGCCAAGGCCUUUAUUCUAAACGGACUCUGUGGAGGCACAUGAAAAAUUGCCCGAAGAAGACACAAGAUUCUGCUGAUUCCCAGGUCUCAAGAAAGCGUGUUAGAUCUCUGUGUGCUCUUGCAAAUCCAGUUGGUCGGGAUAUAAGUGAGGGCUUAAAAAGGGUUCUGUCUCAAAUGACCUAUGAUGAUGUUUACCGCUCUGUCCAAAAUGAUAAGUGUAUUCUGCAGUUCGGAGAACACAUGUUCAAUCGGCAUGGGUCAGAUGUUAACAAGCAUGAUUACAUACGCCAGAAAAUGCGUGAAGUAGGAAGACUUCACCUGGAAGCUCAAAAAUUAACCCCACUGAAAACAAUGGAAGACUUUAUCAUACCUGCUAACUUCUCGCAUGUUGUUUCUGCAGUGAAAAUGGUGGCUGGAUUCAAUCCUGAAAAGAACACCUACCGCAUUCCUUCACUGGCCCUCAAGCUUGGCCACAGUCUACAGAAGAUCUGUAGUAUAGUUGAAAGUAAUGCUAUGAUAUGUGGGAACCAAACCAUGGCAGAACAAGCUAAGAACUUCAGGAUCAUACACCAGGCCAGGUGGAACGAGUUUGUCUCUGCAGGUGCAAUAACAACUCUCAAGGAAGCCAAGUGGAAUGUCCCACAGAUUUUACCAUUCACAGAAGAUGUAAAGCUUUUGAAUGCUUACCUGGAAAAGAAACAAGAUGAGUAUGAGAGAGAACUAAGAAUAAUCCCAACUGCAGAUAACUACGGUUCCCUGGCUAAGGUAACACUUGCGUUAGCAAUCAUCUUCAAUAGGAGAAGAGCAGGAGAAGUGUCAAGAAUGGAUAUGUCUGCGUUCAUGUCACGAAAUAAUGCAGAACUACAUAAAGACAUUGCUCUUUGUCUGCCAGAAUUUGAGCAAAAGAUGUGCCAGUUCUUUUCCAGAGUUGAGUUCCGUGGUAAACGUGGGAGAAUGGUCGCUGUACUUUUGAAACCAUCUAUGGUUGCAUCACUUAAGCUACUGGCUGAACACCGUGAGAAGUGUGGAGUCCCGAAAGAGAAUCCCUUCAUGUUCGCCAGACCCGGUGCAAUGUCUGCAUACAGGGGGGCAGAGUGUCUCCGCAAAUUUGCAGAUGAAUGUGGUGCCAAACAUCCUCAGGCUCUCACCUCCACAAGGCUCCGAAAACAUAUUGCAACCAUGUCUCAGAUCUUGAAUCUGGAGGAAAAUGAAGCUGACCAGCUUGCUGACUUUUUGGGACAUGAUAUCCGCAUCCAUCGACAGUACUACCGUCUGCCACAAGGAACUUUACAGCUUGCUAAAAUGAGCAAAGUGUUAAUGGCUAUGGAAAGGGGAUUGCUGUCCGAAUUCAAAGGCAAAUCACUAGAUGAGAUUGAAAUACAUCCUGAGGAGAACCUGCUUCAUUCAGAAGAAUGUGACAUGUCAAGUGAUGAUGAUAAUGAUGACUAUGAGCCUGUAGACCCAGUGACAACAGAAUCUGUUAAGCCUGCAGUCCCAGCUACUGGUCCUGACACUUUGGCAUCUCCUGUAUCAGCUGUGACUCCCAAACAAGAUGCAGCAAGAAAGCCAAAACGUAAGUGGCAGGCCUCUGAGGUAUGUGCAGUAGAGCGGCAUCUGAUGAGAUACAUCCAAACUGGUAAAGUGCCUCAGAAGCUAGACUGUAUCCAAUGUUUACACGCAGAAUCCCACGCGCUCAGCGAUCGAUCAUGGACCGAUGUGAAAAAUUUUGUACGCAACAGGAGCAUCACCUUAAAGAAACACUUCAGCUCAGCUUGUUAGGGCAAAAUUGUGUUAAUAUUGUUGGUGUAAUAUUUGUUCUGCAACACAUAUAAAGCAAGAUGUCAUAUUUAGCCAGAUAAUUAAACCUUUACUGAAUUUUACCAAAAGCUUAUUGAACAGAAAUCGUGUAAAGUAUGUGUACAGAUAUCUGGGUAACUUUUGUGAAAUACUCCCAGCUUUUUACUGUCGCAGUUUUGUAAUGAAAUGUAAUUCAGACAGACCCACAGCACUGUGCAAACGUCUUGUGGAUAACUAUUUAUCUUGGUAGUAUAGAGUUUGUACAAAUCAACAUUAACUUAAGAAUAAAUAUAAAUUGGCAUAAAACAAUUCUUAUUUAGUAGUUCAAUAAAUGAGGCACUGCUUGUGGAAUUUAACAGAUCCAGUCUUUUGACAGCACUAACUUCACUAUAACAAAUCCUGUAUAAUAAGUUUUGUUCUAACUAACAUAUCCUUAAAUUUACUAAACCAAAUCGGUGUUCUAACAACGUUUUUUUAACUAACAUCUAUAAAUUCACUAAACCAAAUCGGUGUUCUAACGACGUUUUUUUUAACUAACCUAUCUAUAAAUUCACUUAACCAAAUCGGUGUUCUAACAAUGUUUUUCUAACUAACAUAUCUAUAAAUUCACUAAACCAAAUCGGUUUUCUAACAACGUUUUUUUAACUAACAUCUAUAAAUUCACUAAACCAAAUCGGUGUUCUAACGACGUUUUUUUAACUAACAUAUCUAUAACCUUUUACUAAACAAAUCGGUGAUCAAACAGCGUUUUUCUAGCAUAGGAGUAACUAAACCAAACCUAACAGUAUUUCUUCUUAACCAACUUACCAGCAGCAUUACUGAACCAAACUGGUGUUCUGACGGCAUUCUUCUAACCAACAUAUCAGUAACAUUCUAUUAGCCAACAUAUCAAUAACUUCACUGACAAAUAACACAUUCUCAAGGCUCAAUACUGCGUUAUUCUUUAUUUGGAUUAAUUUUUUAUUGAUUAUUUGUAUUAUUAUAAAUUUAUAAUGUCUUUUAUAGUCAACAUGUUUUACAUGACAUCCUAAUACUUUUGCACAGACCUGUUGGUUUAUUAUUAU